GACAACUGGUCUGAUGAAAGGUCUGUUUAGUUCAGAAGAAUUGAACGCUGACAAUGUAAAAGAUAAAGAUUCCAAGCUGGCUUUUCUUCAGAAGCUUGUGGAUUAUUUAUCAAUCGCCCACGGUUAUGUGAUACCUGUGCGUAUCAUGAGCGUAAUCGCGGGAAAAGAACCGGAGAAAACCAAUGAAAUGCUUUACUUGCUUGCCAGUAUAGUUAACAAAGGAUUGGACAAUGAAGAUUGCGUCGCUCGCACGCAACGUGGAGAUGCAAGGCAAUUACACAAGAAGGGGCGAACAAAGCAGCAGGAAAUCAACACCUCCGAUCAAAAACAAGGUAAACUCGAGGCUUCUGCUAUUGAAGCAGAUCAUGGUGAUCGUCAUCCGGACAUCACUGAGAAGCCAGACAAGAAGCUACCUAAUGAUAAGUCCAAGCAGACCGAACAUUUUCAAAAGACCAACGUCCGUGCGCGUCCUAAGGAAAACGGGAAACUAACACCACAGCUAGUUGAGCAGAAGCUGCAGCUUAAUGGAGACUCAAAAGAACGUACGAAAACUGAGAGCGGUCGACUUAGCAGCCAUGGUCAUGGACAAACUAGUCAACAAAGCAGCCGAAGUAAUUCAACAGCUGAGAAAUUGCGGGAGGAUGGUGGCACACCUUUGACCGCAGAAGCAGAAUCACCCACACAGGUUCGAGUUUCAAGACCUCCCUCGGUGAAGGGAGUCCACAUUCGAAAAGAUGACCCAUUGCCCUCUGUUUCCAGACAAGAGGAUGGGAAAUCCGAGACACCACCCAAUGCUCGGUUAGCUCCACCCCGUGUUCGAAGACCAACAGACUUAACGAUUGAUGACGGUGCAAGAAUCACAGGCCCUUCUGCACCAAGUGUUUCCACACUUAUUAUACCCGAGGCGCAUCAAGAUUCCGAGGAUGAUGACGCACAAUUUGUGAUAGAGGAGACUGUUUUUGCCGGUAGCGCUCUACGACCGAAACUGGGUGACGGAGAUGCAGAUGAGAAACAACAGGAUCACGAAAUCAGACCGCUUUUGCAUGUGUCAAUUUUCUUCUUUCCCCAACCAGGUGGUCUUGUGAAAAAAAUGCUGCAAUCCAAAAAGGACUUCGAAGCGGGGAACAUUUUAUCGCAGUCAAAAGUUGAUCCCCAGGGGUAUAUGAAUGGAGAGCUGGAUGAAGCUACCAGACUACGUGAACGAGCCCAAAUGGGGAAAGAUAUCGACCGAUUAUGUCAGUCUCUCCAGUCCUUGUCACGCUCUGCACUCCCAUUAGGGAAAUUGAUGGAUUUCGUUCAAGAAGACCUGGAAAGCAUGCAGCAAGAGUUCGAACGAUGGACUGCAGAAAAUCGGACCCUUAAAGCUCGAUUACGUGAGGAAGAAAACCUCACUCAGUCGUCGAUCCAACCAUUACGAGCUCAACUUGCUGAGUUACAAAACUAUGCAGCCGAACAAAGAAAAGCAAUUGCCACGUUCAAAGCAAAGAUCCUCUCUAAUGAUGAACGAAUCCAUGACAUGCUAUCCAGGUCGAUUGAGAAGACGUGUUGAUCAAUCAGAACACUUUCACAGACACACUUCGGUUUUGGCAUUUCCAGAGUUUAUCCUGUUUGAAUAAUACAAU